AAUUAAAAUGAUACAACGUAUGUUUGGAAGAUAAGUAUUAGCACAUUGGUUGGCACAAUUGUAUGUAACAAGCAACCCUCAGAACAUAGCAUCAUUUCGUGUUGACCAUAAAAUGUCAUUUUUGUUCAAUAUAAAAUAAACAUCGUGCGUUAAAUAUUAUGGAAUGGAAAGAUUGGUGCCGUUUGUGUGCAAAUACCGACGACAAUUCCUCGCCUGUUUUCCAGAAUGAAGACCAACUUUUGCCGGAAAAAAUAUUCAAAUACCUCUCGAUCACGAUUCGCAACCAGGAUGAACUGCCUCAAACGGUGUGCGAUGCGUGUACACGCCGGGUCACCGCCUUCGACCGCUAUGCCCAUCAAUGCCUGAGGGCGCAGACGAUGUUCAAGGCACUUCUACAGGAAAAAGAUGAUGAUUCCUACAACAAAGCUGUGUUGUUGCGAGAGGAGUACCUGGGACCCGUCAUCCAAAAGCGUGACGACCAGGUCCAUUAUUUUGUAUUCUUUUGUUAUACUGGAAGGUGUUUCUCUUUCAACAUCAUACAUUAUGCUAAAGUGUGUUCAACAAUUUUAAACUUGUAUUUCAAUUAAAAUCUACUGAAAAUUGUAAAUCGUGCAAAUGGGCUAUAAAUUUGUUAUUUAAUGAUAUAUCUUACCUAGAGUCAAUAUGUUUCUUUUCAAAUUGUAGGAAUGUUUGAAGAGGUCAAACGAAUAAUGCACACAAAUGCUGAAAAAUAUUAUUGUAAAGUAAAUUUUAUUUGUAGAGUUUUCUAAAUAAAGAAAUAGAAUAUCAUGAGAGCAAUUUAUGAAUUAAAAGUUUCAUGUUGUUUCAAAUAUUAAUACACUUUUCUAAAUGUUUUGCUUAAGUCAAUAUGAUAUAAAUACAUUAUCAUUUUUGGAUCAAAGAAUGUUUCACGUAGUUAACUUCAUUGUAAUUAUUUAUUUAAUAAAAAGGAGUGCCAUGUUUUAAAGGAGAUCAUUACAAUACUUGUUUGGUACACAUUGGCGGAUCCAGGGUGGGAGCCUUGCUCCCCCGCUCCCCCUCUCAAGGCCUAGAGUUUUCGUUUACCGUCCUUUCAUUUGAGGAAAUUAAUUUAAAUAUUUAUUAGUCUUCUAAUUAUGUAAACAAUAAUAUUGUGUAGUAUCAUAUGUGCAGUAUGUAAAUAAUUAACAAAAUAAAAACAAAUGUUUUGUUAUUCAUAGAAAUGUACUAUGGCCCCCAAAAAAUUAUCAGCUGGAUGCGCCCCUCUUGGUACAUUAUAAUGUUAUUGAUAGUUUAAAUGUUGUCCAUGGAAGUACGUGCAUACUAACAUCUUGCAAUUAACAUCUUUCAUAAGUGCAGAAAAUAUUUAUUAUCAUGUUUCAUACUUUGCAAGAACUAGAUUACAAAAUCCAACUUUUUUUUUUUUUUUUUUUUUUUUUUUUUUUUUUCCCCAUCUUUUUGGGGUAUCACAAGUUCAUUCAGUUUUUGAAAAGUGUAGUAUUGCAUUCUAAAUAUGGAAUAUGGAUUUUUAAAUAUGGAAUAUCAUUUUGUAUUACCUUAUUUCUGUUGUGAUUUCACUUCCAUUUUAUUACAAAAAGCAAAUAAUGAAAAAAUAUAAGAAAACUAGAUAUUGGGUUCUCCAAUUUGGCUUUAAAUGUAGAAAAGAAAUCUGCAGAUUUGUGAAGAACAAAAUUAAAUAAAAAGAAUUAAUAGAUUCACUGACUAGGGUUGAUUUAAAAUAUAUAUUUUUCUAUUUUAGUUUUUUAAGAUUAAUCAUAAAAGAUGUAUAUUUAAGACAGUUUUUAAAUGAUUACUGAUUAAACCAGUGUUAAUUUUAUGGUA